AUGGCACUUUCCGAUGACAAGAUGAAUUGGGGAUCGGCCAUCCCCUCGGAUGUGAUCACCCAGCUGCACGAUCACUGCCAUAGUGAUGGCACCUGCGAGAAAGCGUGGACAACAGAUACCACCGUCAUCGUGGAUAGCAACGCCGGAGGGGACAUGUACGCCGGCGAACUCACGAUCGAAAUCCUGGAUGCGCAAUUCGAAGUAUGGUCCAAGCAAGGACUUAUCAAGGUUAUACAAGAGUCGUACGGGCACACGCAGAGCUAUGAGACCCAUAGUUAUGUUUCUGAAUACCGUUGUGGCGAGGUUGCUUGCAACCCAUCCGAGAAAAGGCGGAUGGACCAGUGGUAUGGUUCAAGCUCUGCCAACAUCCAGUUUCGGGAUGGCGAUGCCCUUCGAGGGUUUAUACGCUUGAAGGUGUCCGUCCACAGGAAAGGCAUUGGGGCAGGAAGCGGUAUCUGCGCCCAACUCAUAGGUGUCGGAGCCGCCGUUGCUGGGGCUGUCGCUCCGGUCCUUGGCCCGGCCAUGUCUUUAGCAUCUCUGAUGUGUCUGGCUCUAUGA